CCUAUCUCCAUCUCUACCCCAUCCACAACACCCAACGGUAUACACAUUCAUACAACCAUGUCCGUCACAACAAAAGCCACCAUCGCCUCCUUCGGCGGCAAGCUCCUGAAGCUCACCCACGCCGCCACUUCCACCAAAUGUGAAAUGGGCUUCAACCUCUACCUACCUCCUCAAGCCUACCAGAACCCGUCCGCCAAGGUCCCCGUCCUGAUCUACCUCUCGGGUUUGACCUGCACCGCCGAGAACUGCUCCGAGAAGGGCUUCUUCCAGCACGGUGCCAGUAAGAAGGGUAUUGCUGUGUUGUACCCUGAUACGAGUCCUCGCGGCCUCAACAUCCCCGGCGAAGCCGACAGCUACGACUUUGGCACUGGCGCCGGCUUCUACGUCGACGCGACCAAGCCACCCUACGACAACGGAUAUAACAUGUACACGUACAUCACGGAGGAAUUGCCCGCGACGGUGUUUGCCGCCUUUCCGCAGUUGGAUAGUGAGCGGGUGAGUAUCACGGGUCAUAGUAUGGGUGGACAUGGUGCUUUGACUUUGUUCCUCCGCAACCCCGGCAAAUACAAGUCCGUGUCUGCGUUCGCGCCCAUCACCAACCCGAUUAACUGCCCGUGGGGACAAAAGGCCUUUUCGGGAUACUUUGGGGAAGAUCAGCAGGAGAAGUGGAAGGAGCAUGAUGCAACGGAAUUGUUGAAGAAGUGGAAGGGUGGCAGAUUGGAUGUUUUGAUUGAUGUUGGCACCGGAGACAACUUCUACAAGCAGGGCCAACUUCUUCCCGAGAACUUUGAAAAAGCUGCCAAGGAGGCUGGUGUGGAGGGCGUGACGAUUCGGUACCAGCCUGAUUACGAUCACAGUUAUUAUACUAUGGCGACGUUCUCGGAUGAUCAUGUGGAACAUGCGGCGAAGUUUUUGUUUGCUUAGUGGGUUUUUUUCUCUCUUCUCUCUUUUCCCAUUUCGAUUUGUGACUAGACUGGAGUGUCUAUUAUUUGUAAAAAAGAGAUAUUUAUGCAAAAAUUCAUGUGACUGUUCUGAUAGUGUGAAGCGAUCGUCAGGCUAGAGCGUCGUUAUAGAUUUAGU